UUUCUUUUUAAAAAAGUAGUGUUAAAAAAAUUGUAAUAUUGACCCAUUCUCGUUUUUGCAAAACUAUAUGAAUUAAAUUUUAAUGAAGAAGAUUUACAAUACACUUAUUUUUUCAGCAUAUCCUUGGAUGUCAUCUAAGUGUUUUGUUUCCUUCUGUUGCUCCAAUUAUAAUCCUGAAUCCAUAGUUCAAGUUUUUAAUUUUCUGCAAAAAAAUGCACUGAAAACUCAUUGGCUUCAAGCCAUUCAUAGAGAAGACAAACAAGAACCAAAGCCUCGGAAAUUUGUGCUCUACAUUUUUAAAGCUGAGAAUAUUAUCACUGAAGAAUCAGAUUUCAAUUAAGAAAUUCAAGAAAUUAUCACUGUUCCUUUACAAAAUCAUCAACUUAAACCUAGUGCAAUUCCUCCUAUUUUUUAACAAAUUAUCUACUCUGUGGAUAACUGUUUUCUUGGGUGUCAAAGUUGGAUGAUAAUAGCUUUCAGCAUAUAAGAAAAGAACUAGACUGUGUGCCAAAAAGAGGAUCUAGUGUAAAAAUGCGCAGAUGCUGUGUGCCUGGAUGUCCUUCCAAUCGUAAAAAACCUUAUGUAUCAGUUUUUCAAUUUCCUAAAAGUCCUGGAUUUCGAAACUUAUGGCUAAAAAGAAUUGGACGCCCCCUUUUGAAAGUAUCUGAAAAUAUUGGUGUUUGUAUCAAACACUUUGAAAAGAACUGCAUUGUUGAUUACAAAGAUUGGAAAGGUGAAGGAGGUAGGAAGAGAAUAACAGUAAAACCAGGAGCAGUUCCAUCCAUUUUUGAUCAGGAGGAAAUUGAUAGUUUAUCUGAUGAUGCAGAUGCAACCUGUAAUAAAGACUUGCAAGAAGUUGCUACCAAUAUGCAAGCUAGAAGUUCAGGAUCUGUUUUCUCUGAAGUAACAAAACAAUCUGUUAGUGUAUCAACAGGUAGCUCACCAAAGAAAAUGCAAUCUUCGCCAACAACAGAUAAACCUUUUAUUGCUAUUAUUAAACCUGAAGAUUCUCGAACUGAAGAACCUGCUUCUUGUGAAGAAAUUGAUGAUGAUUCUUCGAGCUGUGAAGAUGUUUGCAAAUUAAGCCCAAAUAAAGCAAACCCUGAUUCUCUUUCACCCUACAAGCAUUUUUCUUCUGUUAAUAUGUGUUUAAAAGAGGAAGACCAAAUAAAUGCUCAGAAAGAACUGGGAAAAGCUGUCAAGCGUACUGCUUCUGUCAGCAGCAAUAACAGUAGUGGGAGUACUGAAGUAGCAAAAUUGCAACCAAAAAGGAGAAAAGUUGAAAAGCCUGCACCAACAGUCUUAGGCAAGCAGAAUGAUUGCUAUUGUUGGGUGUGUCAUCGUGAAAAUGUUGUUCUUUCUUGCAUUGCAUGUCCUAGAGCAUAUCAUAUGAAAUGUGCUGGCGACAAUGUGGUUAUUUCAUCUGAUAUGAAUGAUUGGGUUUGUCCAGAAUGUAAACGCAUCCUAACAGCAGAAAAUGUUGAUACACGCUCUACAGUUUUGUCCGAAAUUUCUUUAGACAAGCUUUGUACACUGUUAAGAUUCAGUUUAAAUAAAAUGAAACACAGAGCAGGUGUAGCAUUUCAUCAACCUGUCUCUUUGGAUCAUUAUCCAAUGUAUCCCCAUUAUGUUAUUCAUCCAAUGGAUUUCAGUUUACUUGAAAAGAACAUUAAACAGAAGCUUUAUGGUUGUACUGAAGCCUUUUUAGCUGAUGUAAAAUGGAUUCUGCAUAAUUCAUGUGUAUUUAAUGGAAGUCAACAUCCUCUGAGUACAAAUGCCAAGUCACUUGUAAAAGCUUGUGAUAAUGACAUGCAAGAAAUUGAAGUGUGUCCAGACUGUUUCAUGCAUAGCAUUGUUAGAAAUAAAUAUUGGUUUUCAGAAGUUUGUAGGAAGCCUCAUCCUUUAGUCUGGGCAAAACUGAAGGGAUUCCCAUAUUGGCCUGCUAAGGUAGUUCGAAUUGCUGAUGGAUUUAUUGAUGCUCGUUUCUUUGGUGCUCAUGACAGAGCUUGGGUUCCAAUUUCUCAGUGUUACCAUCUCUCAAAAGAAAUGCCAACUUCCAGCAAACCUAAAAAGAAAGGGAAUUAUGAAAUUGCAUUGGAUGAAUUAAAUGUUCAUGUUCAGUUAUUAAUCCAGAAGUUUGGAAAAUUUGAGUAUGCUCCAUAUCGAACGAGCUUUGAUCAAAAUAACAAAUUGUUAGCUUAUCAUGGAAUUGACAUAGAUAAGAUUGACAAAGAGGAGAUACCUUGUGAUACCUCAUCUGUUGAAGGAGUUGAUGCUGCAGUUUCUACAAAAGAUAAUGAAAAUAGCUCCAGUUCAAAAUGUAUUAAAGAAAGCAGUGAAGAUUCUGAGAAAAAAAGUAUGACUCACAUGAAUGUGGUGCCUUCAAACAACAGAGUUUCUUGUAAUGAUAUGAAAAGUAGUCCAAAGGUCAGUCUUGGUUCUGAAAUGAUUCCGCAGAAGCAGAUGAAGGAUUCUAAGCUUGUAGACAAAUCUGCUGAGCCUGCAUCAGAUUCAAAUCAACUGAAUAAAAUUGAACUAGUUCUCCAGCGGAUUAAAGGUUAUAUUUCUACUGUCGAUGAUGAUAAUGAAAAUAUAGAAAAAGAUGCAUCAGAUAUUAAGGAGAAUCAAACAGAAGAAGAUUUUGGUGAAAAUGCAAAUAAAAAAGAUGCCCCCGGCACUGCUUCUAAGUCUCUUGAAAUUAAUUCUAAGAAAAAGGAAACAGAGGAGAUUAGUAUUUUGAGUGGUCUUAUCAAAACCAAAACAUUGCCAUCUAUUGAAGUACCAACAAUUUCACUUGAUGAUGUUUCUGAAAAAGACAAAGUGCCUACUUUAGAUGUGGUUAAGAAAAAUGAUUCAUUUUCCUUGAAAUUGAUUGAGACUAUUGAGUCUUGUAAAGCUAAAUUAGGGUUAUCUAUUGAGUCAGAAUUAGAUAAGAUUGAUUCAGGAGAUAGUGAAUCUCUUGAUGAGGAUGAUGAAGAUGAUGUGGAGCAAGAAGGUGAAGGAGACCUUAGUGGUGAUGGUGAGAAGCAUGGCAAAAAAGUUACCAGUGCCUCAGAAGAUGCAAGUGAUGAAUCUUCAUCUGAAAGUGAUGAGGGAGAAUCAAAUUCUCAUUCCUCUGAAACUGAUAUUGAAACUGUAGAAGAUGCUAAUGUGGAUUUAAGGAAGGAUAUUGAACCAGAACACCGUGACGAUCAUGUGGAUGUCCCAGAUUGCCAAAAAGAGGACAAUGAAAAUAAGCUUACUGUUGAUAAAGAUGAAACUGAGAAACAUUCACAUGGUAUGAAUACUUUGAUUGUAACUAAAAGUUCUCCUGAAGCUUCUUGUGAAGCUCCUGUACAGCAUUCUACUAUUGAAAAUUUUGCUGAGAAUAUUAGCUGUGACUUGCAGAAAGAACACAGUGAAAAUCCCAGUGUUGAAGACAGAGAUGUAGAUCUCCAUUCAGAUAUAUCAGACAAGGAUCCAUCUAAUACAUCUGAAAGUUUACAAAGAAAUUUUACAGAAAGUAAAACACUUUCUUCACAGGAAACAUUAACAUCUAUGGAUAUAGAUAAAGACAAAGGUGCUCAAGCAGAUGGAGAAAAAAAUAUAAAAAACUCAACUGAAAGUGACAAAAUAGAUGAAGAUGAUGACAUUUUUAUUUGUCCCCCUGUUAAACCACCUACACCUCCUCUAAUAUGCUUAGAUGAUGAAACUGAAGGUGAUGAAAAAGCCGAAUCUAAUUCUAAUUUUAAAAACUCUGGAAAUCUUUUUUCCAAGCAAAUAAGCCAAGAAAAUUCAGUAAAACUGAGUUCUGUUUUUGGUAUUCCAAAAUUACCAACUAGUGCGCGUAAAAGUAUGAAAAGAGUGUUUAAAUCUCCCACUUCUGAGGAGGAAAGUAGUGAUGAGGAUUUUCGAGUACUGCCUUCUAGUCAUGGAAUUCCUUUAAGUGGUGCUAAAAGAACAUUUCAUAACAGGGACAAGAAUAAUUUAGGAGUAAUGUCUAAUAGUUCUGUCUCUCAAAUUACAUCAAAUGAAAUUCAUCAGUCAAAUGAAAUAGGAGCAAGAGAACAGAUCACUUCUGUAAAUGAGACAAGUGAUGAAAAUAAUCUUAGUAGUAUUACUAAUAUCCUAAAUAAGGAGUCCCUCACUUCAGUUGAAGAUAAUACUCAAAAUUCUGUACCUGAACACUCAGAUACUCUAGAUGAAAAAGAUGCAGAAAUAUUGAAUUUGAGGAAAAAGCUAAGUUGCUUAUUUUCUGCCUUCCAAUUGCAGCAUUGGAAACAUAAUCAGGAAAAAUCAGAAUUAAGACACAAUAUGAAUCUCAUUGUUAUGGAAAUGCGAGCUAGUCUAGAAGCUGAUAAAAAGCAAGCACUGGAAACUUUAAGUCGUACAUUUGAACGUGAAAAACAGUGUUGUAUUGAAGAAACAAAAAAGAAACAAUGGUGUGCACAUUGUUUUCAGGAAUCACGCUAUGCUUGUUGUUGGAAUACUAGUUAUUGUUCUGUUGCAUGCCAGAAACGCCAUUUUAAUGAACAUAAAUCUUUUUGCACUCAAUUAAAAAGGGUAAACCCUGUUGAAGUAUCUGAGUGCAAAAAUAAAUCGCCUUCUCCAAAUGAUGGUAAAGAAAACAAGAAAGUGUUUCUCUUAAAUGUAGUAUCUCAAACUGAUGCAUUAAAGUCUGCUGUCAAUCAAAAGGAAACAGUAGUCCAACAAAACUCAUUGCCAAAAAUAAUUGCCUCCAAAGCUCCAGUGCAGUUAGUGCCAUCCAGUUCUUCCUCUACAACACCUACUGUUCAGCUUGUCCUAGCACCAGCUAAUUCAGACAAUUCUCCUGGACCCUUACAACCCAAAUUGGUGCCAACAAAAUUGGAUAAUUCAGAAUCAACAGAAUCUCAAAAUACCACUGAAAAGAAAGGAAAUAAUUCUGUUUCUAUACUAAAACCAAAAACUUCAGAAGACUUGGCUGUGAAUGAAAAGAAUGAAUCAAAGAAAGAAGAAACUAAUCUCGAAGAAAUUUAUUUUCCAUCUCCACCAGGGAUAAGCUUUGAAGGUUUAGAUACAGCACUUCCAGAUGACAAUAUUCAGUUCACUCAUCCUAAAGAUGCAUCGGAAUGCUAUUCGCCUGAUAUUGAACAAGUGACAAAUAACAAAAUGGAAGAUUCUUCUGCAGAAGAGGAUUUAAAUUGGUCAGAUAUUGAUGACACAGAUAAUGAACUAGUUAACAUUGGACGUGGAGUUGAAGUUUCGGCAAAGUAUCUGAACAAGUGUUUAAUUUAUGGUCAAAGUGCUAAAAAGCUGACUCGCUGUCUCAUUGAUGUUAUUUUCCCUGAUAUCAAAUUACUGGCUUCUUGUUCAGCAUUUGGUAACAAAUCCAAUGUGACAAAACUGACGCGGGCUGCUUUACCUGCAAGGAAAGUUGAAGCAAUCAUUGAUUUUGUUCUAAAAAGAUUUCCAGAUGCUUCAAGAUCAGAAAUAGUUCUUGCUAUUAACAUGAAAUGUAAGGAAGCUAGGAAUAUAGUUGGAAAAACAGGCAAUGGAAAUGUGAAAAAAACUUUGUUUCGUAGAUUGUUGGCUAAAGAGCAAAGCAUGGAAGCAAAUUUAGCGAAUGACUCUGACCCAACUACGCCAAAGUCUCCCACGACAAUCACUCUUGUCAAAGAUCCAAAUGUUAAUGUAGUCUGUGUGUCAAAUGCAUCACCAUCGGAAUCCACAUCUGUAAAAACCAUAUCGCCAAAAACAACAACAUUAACAGGACCAAAUAUAAUGCGCUGCAAUCCUCAGAUUUUGAUACGGCCCAAAGGACUUGCAGCUGUUGGAUCAAAAUUACUGGUAUCUCCUACAACUAAAUUUGUUAGAGAUCAAACCAAAGUACUCUCAUCGAAUGUUCGACCCUUAGUCAGCAGUCAAAAAUAUGGUGGAAAAAUUCUUCUUCCAAUUGAAGUGAAGACUCAAAUGACCAGUUCAUCAGAAUUGUCUAGUCAUCAGAAUAAACAACGACCUUUCAUUAUUAUUGGUUCUCCAACUUCAACAUUACCAUCUGGAAUUUCUAUGCCUCAGAUGAAAUCAGAGCAAGACCGAAUGGCCGAUCUUCGAACAAAGCGUGCAGAAUACAUGCGAAAUUAUCGGCGUGCCCAACGCGAGAAGCAGACAGAUGAAGAAGCCACUCAGCAUCGGGCUGCAGAAGCUCUUCGACUACGAAAAUAUCGUCAGGCACAGAAUACUUAAUGAAUUUCAUAAAAAUUGCAGGGGUGUUUGUGGUUUGGAAUUUCCAAAUUUAUUUCCUCAGAUCUUAAAAUGUCUGUGAAAGGAUUAAAAUGUUUGUCAAGAAUUUGUGAAAUGUACUCUUUAUCUUCCUGAAAUUUUGUUCUAAAGCAAAUAUAUUAUUCAAAGAUUUAUUAUAUGGAUGAGAAUACAUGAGAUGGAUUAGACGAGAGAAUAUAAAAUAUUCUUCGAUAGUGAUAAUUUUGAUGUACAGACUUUGUAAUACUUAUUCCACCAAAAUAAAAUACAUGUGAAGAAUUUAAGUCUGAAAAUUCCAAUCAAAAUUUUAUUGAAAGGAAAUUUAGCUAUGGUACUUAUUUUAGCAAUAAUUUAUUUGAUGGGAUGACAGUUUAACAUAAUUUCCAAUAUUUAUGAAUUAUUAUCUUUAUUCUAGCAGAUCUAUACGUCAUUUUCAUAUCUGAAGCAAAAAGUCAUUAACUACACCAAAAUGUCUUGCAGAUCAUACUAAACUAAUUUGUCUUUAUCUCUAAUCAUAUAUCUUUAGCUCACUAAGCAAUUGUUUUGCUUAUCAUUUUUCAUCUGUUAAUGUUACGUACACAAUGCUAAAAAAAAUGUUACUAGGUAUUGAAAUUUAUAUACACUAAUACAAAUGUAAAAACUAUUAAUAUGCUGCCAAAUUAAAAAUGCAGAACUUUUUUUUUGUAGUAUAUCUAGAUUUGAUAUUAAUUUUGUAAUAUAAAUAUACUUGAAUAGUAUUACUUAAGCACCAAGAAUUGAAAUUUAAUAGCUAAUUCUCAUCUACAUAUAUUAGGUUUAUAUUACAUAUAAUAAACUUUUUGAUAUAAAA